AUGAUGGAUCCCGCACAACACAACCAACGAGGCCAUCUUCUAGCAUUUCCUCUACUGUCCCUCCCUGUGGAAAUCAUAUGCAAGGUCUUGGCAGCGUGUGCAGUCUCUGAGCCUCCCGACGCAGGGUAUCUGGGAUGGAUAAGACUAGGACACGUUGGUUCAACACUACGUCAGAUCCUCCUCACAAUGACUGCCCUAUGGGCAACGGCCGCAUUUCAACUCCUCAAAGGGGUGAAUGAGCGUUUGGAGCGAGCACAAGCUUCCCCUCUGGCUAUUGAUCUGCAUAACUGGUCGCUUCCCUACUAUGGUAUCUCUAGCAACUCGAUGCAUGAACGACAUCGGCUCUCCGCGUCUUUCCUUCAAACGGUGAUAGAGAAUCUUCAUCGAGCGCAUGCGAUAACCCUUCCUCCGGACAUACUCGAGAAGUCGCUGCCCAUCUUAGAAAGCAACGACUUCGUGUGCUUGAGGAACGCCAAGCUCGUGUCGACGAGUGAUCGUAAACCCACCUUGCAGGUCUCUUUACCGCGAGCGCCCGUUCUUCGCAACCUGACGAUGCAUAACUGCGUGGUUUCUUGUGACUACACUAUCCUCGAGUCACUUAAUAUGCGCUUUCAGUUAUACGCGGACUCAUCGGACGAAGAGGAAGAUGAAACAGACGAGCGAUUCGACACCGGCAUCCUACUCAAAGCUGUUGGGUUAGCAGCGAACUUGCGUAGGCUCACUAUCAGUGGGUCUCUUUUCACAGAGGUCACUACUACAGCCCGUCUAAUCCUUCCACGCCUCGAGGAUCUGCACUUGGACGCCAUAUUCGACUUCUGUGUGGACUUCUGGAGCGUCCUCAUCAUAUCAAAGCAUACGCGCGUAGCGGUGUACAUCCCGGGCAUGGACUACGAUGGCUGGGUGUACGCGGUCAACAUAGACGAGACAGUUAUGCGACGCAGAAUCGGGUUUGCAGGUGCCAUUGCACACCAUUUCGAUCCACCCGGCGCUCCGCGCAUCAACGGUAUUCAUCUAGAGUGCAGCCCCACUCUACGUAUCCUGCUAUUCUCCCCUGAAACGGGCGCAGUCCUGCGUAAAGUCAAAGGACCUAUGCACCGAGAUCACGUCGUCCUUCUCGAUAUCCGCAUGGACGACAUGGACGGUCUCUUAAACCUGGCGUCGGCCGCUCCUCUCGCUUGCCUCAAUCAGAUCGGUGAACAGAUCACGUUUUCACAGCCGAUCACACUCGAGCUGUUCAAAUCGGGACGAUACUCUACGGCACAUUGGCAUGAAGGCCUGCGUCAUCUUGAUACUGUGCAUACAUUGGUACUUGAUGAGUUCCCACCUUCAAAGGCGCUGUGGGAUGCCAUCUGUCUUGGAGACUCGCCUACUUCUGAGGGACACCUUCUUCCUCGACUGCAUGUCGUCUACAUUACCCUCAGAAGAAAGUCACUCCCAAAUGGGCGAGAUGGUGAAUUCUCAGCCUCCGAUGAUCUCGCGGAGCCAGUCCCACGCCGUCGGGACUCGUCGGAUUCAGACUCCGUACCAGUGAUGGAGAGUGACUCGGGUUCAGAAGACCUAGAGCAGUUCCUGCAGGGCGACGAGCGCCUGUACGAGCGCUUUGGUUAUCAAAGAGGCGAGCCGGGGGAAGAGCAGGAGCCUCGAGUGUACAAGACCACAGGGUUUGGCGUUGAUCCCAACAUCCGGACAGGUGGCGAUCACUUGCUUCCUCCUGAGGGACCGUGGCAGAACUUCGUCGACGGCCUCGAAUGUCGCACUAUGCGAAACGUGGGCAUACGACAAGUCGUCUUUCAUCCCUCCUUUUGGAUGUCCAUAAGCAAGGAGGCAAGGCUGCGCUUGAAGGAGGACAUUUCCGCAGUGGCGGCAGAGAUUGUGUGGCUACCGCCUGAUACGGAAACGUAA